UUAUAGUAAGGACUCCUGCUCGACCAAGUCACCACGGACCGGAGAAGUGAAACUUUUGACUUUGGCGAUCGAUAAUGGAGUGGGAGAGUGAUGCUAAAGAACUAAAGGCGGCCGGAGCUGAACCUCUUCCGGACGGCCGUCGAGGACUCCGCAUUCACGGUUGGGAGAUCGAGUGUCGCAAGCUUUUCAUUCUCAAUUCUCUUCAUCUUCAACGAUGGGAAAAAGAACUUCAGACGACUCACUUGCCGGAGAUGGUAUUUGGAGACAAUUGUUUGGUGCUUAAACAUGUGAAUAGUGGCACAAAAUUCUUUUUCAAUGCAUUUGAUGCUUUAGUUGGUUGGAAACAUGAUGCCUUGCCGCCUGUUGAAGUUCCAGCGGCUGCAAAAUGGAAAUUCAGGAGUAAACCUUUGCAACAGGUGGUGCUCGACUAUGACUAUACCUUCACAACACCUUACUGUGGAAGUGAAACUGUCGAAAGAAAUGUCGAGUGUGGAAGUGCUAUACCUGAAGAAGGCAGCAGCUGCAUUCAGUGGGAGGAUUGUAAGGAGAAAAUUGAUUUGGUUGCAUUGGCUUCUAAAGAACCUAUUCUCUUUUAUGAUGAGAUAAUCUUAUAUGAAGAUGAACUGGCUGAUAAUGGGAUCUCACUUUUGACUGUUAAAGUGAGAGUCAUGCCUAGUGGUUGGUUCCUGUUGCUGCGUUUCUGGCUUAGGGUUGAUGGAGUGCUUAUGAGACUAAGAGACACUCGUUUGCAUUGUUUAUUUGGGGAGCAUAACGAAUCCUCUAUUCUUCGUGAAAGCUGCUGGAGAGAAACCACAUUUCAGGCCUUGUCUUCGAAAGGAUAUCCCUCUGAUGCUGCUGCAUAUAGCGAUCCAAGCAUCAUCGCUGACAAGCUUCCCAUUGUAAUGCAGAAGACUCAAAAACUCAAUAUUGGAGUGUCCUGUAAGCAGUAGUAUGAUCCUAGAUUGUUGUCUAAGAUCUUUUUCAUUUACCCGCUUUUAUGGAACUUAAUUUACAUUCUGUUAUUUAUCCUCAAGCAAGUUAUGAAUAUCACAACCUGGAGUGCUUUUGCUUUGUCCUUCA